CAAAUGGUUUCAUCUACCCUGCAGAGUGUAUUUCAAGACACUGUAAAAACAACAUCUACUCACAGAAAAAAUGCUGCUGCUUUGCUAAAACUGCAUCGCAAAAUGGAUCCGGUUUCUUUCUCUGCUGCCUUUGAAGAGUGCGUGCUUCGCAUUCUAGUCUUGGGAAAAGGCGAUGUUUAUGCUGACAGGGCUGUAAAGUUUAUCAAUUCUUAUCUGGAUUCUUUAAAUCAUGGUGUUGAAAAUGGUGCCAACUUUAUCAGCGUUACUGUGCUUCCACUGCUUUUGAAAGGACUUGUAUCUUCUUUGAAAGCUGUCCGAUAUCGCUCAUUGCAAAUUCUCGCAAGUGCUCUCAACAAUCUGGAAGAAAUUUCUGAAGCGCAAUUUAUUGUCAUCAAGGAUUCUUUAAUGGUGCGACUUCGCGAUAAGGAGGCUUCGAUACGUGCAGGAGCGGCCAUUUGUCUGUGUCGAUUGCAGGGAGGAUGUGACGAUACUGAUGCCAUCCAAAUUCAAGAGCAUUUGGUGAAACUUCUUCAAUAUGACUCGAGCAGUGAUGUGCGCAAGAAUAUUUUAUGGAACAUUAAAAUCGACAGCCAUUCCCUGGAUGCACUUUUAUCUCGAGCUUGCGAUAUUGAUGCUUCAAUUCGCAAGCUUCUUUAUGUUCAACUCUCUGUUUCUCAAAUCCAUUAUAGCAUGCUGGAUAUUGGCAAAAGAACCGAGCUGCUGCAGCGUGGGCUACAAGAUCGUGAUUUGGGCACUCGCACAGCAUGCAUGAGACUUUUAUGUGACUCUUGGAUUAUACAGAUGGGUGGAAUUGACAAGUUUGUAUCUUCUCUGGAUAUUCAUGAAGCAGAAUCAUCUGCCAUGCUAAUGGCUCUUUUUAAACACGACACCAAGCUUCGAUUUACUCAUCAAGACUUUGAUUGGACCAAUCUAAAUCCACAGCUGGCCUUUUUCUUGAAAACAUAUGCCGCAUAUUUGAGGAUCUCUACAAAUGAUGACAAAUUGGAUGAGCUGAUUCCUUCGCUUUCUGAUUUUGUAAAUGUUUUGGAGCAUUACAUGAACUUGGUCAUUGGCACUGAUGACGAGGCAGAGAAGCUUAAAUAUGAAUAUGUCGUACAAGAGCUUGCAGAAAUGUGUUUUUCUCUUGAUCUUUGUGAUGAAAUUGGUCGUCGUAAACUUGAAGAAUUUUUGGAGAUGACUUUGGUCGAGUCUGAUCUUCCUGAAGCGGUGAUGUCAAAACUGAUUCGACUCGGAUUAAAAGUGUCUGCAGAAGCAGUAUAUAUCAAACGUUUGCCAGGAAUGAUAGAGAAAAUUUGCAAUAUGUAUAAUUUGGCAUCCACGUUGCGAGAAUCCCAUCUCGAUAAAGACGGAGUCGAGCCAGCUGCAGAAUGGAGCGAUGAAAAAUCCAUAUGUGCGCUCAAAUGCAUGGAGAUCCUCCAUAGUACCUUUCAACUGUUGGGUUUCCAGUGUCCCGAAUAUCCAGAAAUAUAUACAUUGCUUGAAGAAUAUGUUUUUCCUUGCAUGGCCAACCCAAUUCCAGCUAUUUCGGAGCUUGCGCUGGCAUGUCUUGCACAGUGCUCAUUGACCAAUCCGACUAUUGCAUCUACUAACAUGGAUGUGUUUUACACGCUCUUGAGUGCAAAAGAUGCUCGUGCCAACAUUUGCUUCAAGUUUUUUGUGGACUUGAUUUUGAGCAAUAGAAUAGAAUCGCUACAAGACAACAAGACUGGCAUCACCACCAAACUUCGACAUUUUCUACAAUGCGAAAACGAAACAUAUCUUAGUCAAGCAGUAGAGGGAUACUGCAAACUCUUUUUAUUUGACAAGUUGGAAGAUUCUGAAGCGCUUUUGGCUCUGUUGAUUCUAUAUUAUCAUCCAUCCACUGCUCAUCUGCAGCGUCUUCGACAAUCACUAAGCUACUUUUUCCCCAUAUAUGGACAUUCUAAGCCAUGGCAGCUUAAAGAGAUUUUUGUGCGAUCAAUCUUGUCUUUUUCAGAAAUGACGCGAGCCAGUCCCAGCAGCAUGCUUCAGCCCAUCACAAUUGCAUCGCAAAUUCUAGAUUGGCUGAGCACUCCAUUGCAUGCUGAUUCAAACAACGUGGAUGCUACUUUUUAUGCCGACUUGGCCAUUUCUUGUCUCACGGCAGCUACUGAUGCAUCUCCAGUGAAUCGUCGACUCAUGUGCCAAGUGAUUUCAAAGCUUCAGCUUUCAAGCAGUUUACCGGCGGACAAAAUUGAGCAAAUGCAAAUUUUGGUUGAGCAACUGCAAUCGAUCAUGUCUGACCCUUCGUCUAUUAACGCUCUUAAAAAGUUUAGUAAAAAUGUAUUUGGUGCUGAAAGUCUCGAGAUCUACAACAAUACUGAGAGCACUGAUUUUGGAAACAUUCUUCAAUCUGUAUCUCAUUUGAAACUAUAACUGUUUGUUGGUAUAUGCUGAUUGUGAAUGUACUUGAUUUUCACUUGGAAAUAAAUAUUUUUAGUUGGCAUG